AUGACGACGGCUGGCGAUGGGGCGGUUCUGCGUGUCAAGCGUAAACGCGCUGACGAUCCAGUCGAUGCAUUUUUGUUCCAGUUUCACACGCAAUCGCACCUCGCAAAACGCCGUGGCACGCAGCCGCAUCAUCCGCCUGACCAGCCCGGACAUGGCAUGUUUCGACGGAGAGAGACGGUGAAUAUAGGCGAGCAGAUGGCAAAGGAUGCACAAGUGAUCGAAGCAGAAUGGGAUAGUUUUUCGAAAAGAAUGAGACUCAAACGCAAGCAUGAGCAAGACACAGAAACAACGAGUGUCCGGCGCAAGCAUCUACCAUCCCAUCUUCAAGAGGAGGACAAGGCGCAGGAUAUGAACUGUUUCUCUGACAUGCUAUCGGAGUACCUCAGAUUGAAUCAAGUCUCAUUGGAAUCCCACGAUACGAGUGCGGAGGCUGCAAAUGAGUACGUCUUUGAUAUCUACUAUCAAGAUACCACGCCUAUGACUGCAUGGAGGCAUCGCGACGCAAAAAACGUGAACUGUGUACCAACAGUUGGACACGCUCGUACCAAGUCCAAUAAGCCACAUUCAUCAGUACCUAUUAGUGGCAAGGGAUACGACACAGGACCAUCCACAACCACAGCCCCUGGCUUUGAGCAUUUGCAAGACCCAGAAGAGGAUGUAGACUGGAUGCAUGAAGCCUCCUUCUAUCCCGUGCAUCUACGCACAACAAUGGAUGAAAAUGGACACACUCUCGUAACAGCUGUGCCUAUCGGUGCUCAAGGACUCGCAGAAAAUGACCUGAUGUUGGAAGAAAUCGAGUCUGGAGCGGACUUAUGUGACGACGACGAGGACAGUAAUGAUGAAGAUUUUUACCGAAAUGAUUACCCGGAUCAAGACGAGUGGGACGCAGACAGUGAUACAGAGUGGUAG